AGUAAUAUAAUCUGUGCAUGAAACUGAACGAAACGAACGGCGUGUUUGUCGCGUUUGUUGAUUACAAUAAAAUAAGGAAUUGUGUUUUUACAGAUAUUUUAUUACAAAACAAUAACGCAAUACAUUAAAAUGUCUUCAGAGGAAACAAAAUCUGACAUGGAGGAAACAGCCAAGAAGCCGAUAUGUUUAAUAAUUUUAGGAAUGGCAGGAGCUGGUAAAACUACAUUCGCAUGUCGAGUAGCAAGCGAAAUCGUUGAUGGUACAUGCCCUUACCUUGUCAAUUUGGAUCCCGCCUGUCGUGAUGUACCUUUUCCAGCCAAUAUAGAUAUAAGAGACACCGUUGACUACAAAGAAGUGAUGAAACAGUAUGGUUUGGGCCCUAAUGGAGGCAUAGUUACAGCCCUUAACCUUUUCUCCACAAAGUUUGGACAGGUAGUGGAAUUAAUAGAAAAAAAGGGAGACAAACACAAAUAUUGUGUUUUCGACACUCCAGGACAGAUCGAAGUCUUUACAUGGUCUGCAUCAGGUACCAUCAUAAGUGAAACUUUAGCUUCCACUUGUCCCACUGUAAUUGUAUACGUGAUGGAUACGGCCCGAAGCGUGUCUCCGAUUACUUUUAUGUCGAACAUGCUGUAUGCCUGUUCCAUAUUGUACAAGACCAGGUUGCCAUUCAUUAUCGUUAUGAAUAAGACAGACGUUGUAGACAACUCAUACGCAGUGGAAUGGAUGCGAGACUUCGAGACGUUUCAAGAGGCGUUAGACGCGGAAGGAGACGGGGAGGGGGGGAACUCGUACAUGGGGAACCUGACGCGCUCCAUGGCGCUCGCACUCGACUCUUUCUACACCGACCUCAGAUGCUGCGGCGUCAGCGCUUACACUGGAGAUGGAAUCGAAGGCUUUUUCAAGUUGGUGGAUGAGGCGGCUGAAGAAUACGAGAAAGAGUACAAAGAGGACUGGUUGAAAAUGCGAGCGGAAAAAAUGGAGGAACAGAAAAAGAAAGAAGAGGAAUUGAAAAAAGCAAAAGAAGAUGGCACCGACACAGUUCUAGACAAAAACAAAUUAAUAGAAGAAGUCGCUUCCGGUCGCGAAAUCAGUGAUAUGUAUUUGAAACACCCGGCCAACGAAAGCUCCAGUGACGAAGAAGGCACCGAGGACCGCCCUGACCACGUCGAGAAGCCCGAAGAAGUCGCCGCGUUCCAAGAAUUCAUCAAAAAACACGUGAGGCCUAACGAUAUGGACAGUAAAACGUAACAGCAUUCAGUAGUUAUUGUAUGUAGAUAGGUAUAUUAAAUGUUAAAUAAGUUUGUAAGCACUGGAAAUGAGCUAAGCUCAGUUUUUCUAAACUGUAUUUUUAUUUUGGUUGAAAGGUAAUGUGUACCGAAUAUAUGUUACAAAUGAAAAAAAAGAGGACUUGUUAUAAAUAAAACGUUAACAAUAGCACGUUUUUUAAAUCAUGAUACUUAAAACUGUGUGGGAUAGGUUCAACCUGAGCUUAUUUAUGAUAUAAAAAGUCAUAGGUUAGAAAAAGUAAACUUAGAGAAUUGUAUGUUCGUUGAAAUUGUAUUAUUAUGUGUUGGUGAUAAAGUAAGGAAACAAUUCGUGACUAGUUUAUCAAAGUUAAGCGUGGCCGUUCAGUCUUUUCUAGAGUCAGCUCCGUCUACUCCGUAGGGGAUGAAAGCGUGAUUAUACGUAUGUAUUUUUCAAAGGUUACCAGUUCAACUUAGGAAUACGAUGUACUAUUUUGCAUUUUAGUCGCUUACUACGGCAUCCACAGGAGAUAAGUAUUCUUCUGAACUGAAAUCAAUAAAUCAAGUAAAAUCUAAUGUUUAUUGUCAUUGGAUGUCUUAAAGAAAGGAAGAAAUAAGCGUCGUGACUCGUGUUGUAUGUAAGAAAAAGUUCAAAGGCUGAAAAUUCAACUAAACUUUAAUUGUAAAUCAAUAACGGUAUAAUAAUAAAAAAGAAAACAAAAGAUUUCGGGAAUAUCUUUGGACCCUCUGUGGCGCAGCGGUAGUGCGCUUGUCUGUGUCGCAGUUGGUCCUGGGUGCGAAUCCCGGCCAGGGCAUGAUGAGAAACGAACUUUCUCUAAUUGGCCUGAGUCUAAGAUUUUUAUCUAUAUAAUAAUUAUUAUAAAAUUAUAAUCGUUGAGUUAGUAUCUCGUAACACAAGUCACAAGUUGUAAUACAACUACGAACUCAAUCUCUGUAAUUUGUCCCGUAUAUAUUUAUUUAUAACCUUAUUGAUUAGAAAUAUAAUUUUAGAUUUUGUUAAAAAAACCUAAUAUACAUGCUAUAUUCCUGUAUUAUUAUGUUCUUAUUACUUUUUUUACUGUAAUAAUGGAUUGAUGUUGGGGUAUUCCGGGACCAACAGUAAUGUGUGGGUGUCUCACCAUAAUAAUUGCAGUAACUAAUUGGUGAAAGGGAACAAACAUUUGAAAUGUUUUCACCACUUUAUAACUUAUAAAAAGAUUUAAAAAUACUAACGAAUGUUUCACGAACUCUUAUUAACUUUUAAUUAAGCUAAUUUUUUGUUAUGAAGUACACAGUUAUCACAGCAUAUAGUUUCAUGUACAAACCACAAUAUGGGGCAUGAAAUUACAAGCUGCCGUUUAAAUAGUGUAAUUGAGUUUACCGCUCUUGUAAAAAAAGACAAAUUUACAAAAAUUUUGUGUAUAUACCUACAUAUUUUUUUUGUAUGGUCAACACAUUGGCCAAAUAUAAUAAAAUAUUUUGAUAUUUCUGAAAAGAUAAAAAAAGAAAAAGAAAAUUUGUAAAUAAAUUUAUCUUUACAGGGAGAUAUUA